CUGCUGCUGUACUUCCUGUACGCGGAUGAUGAUGAUGAUGAACGCGUUAUGUUAAUUACAUAAGCAAAACGUAAAUGAUUCGCGGGAAAAGGUGAAAAAAUGGCGCCGCGCACUGACUGCGUUUCUUCGCCGCUUCUCUUCUAAAAACCCCAGAAACUUCUGUUAACACCGCGAAUGGGAUAUCGGGCUUUUGGAGGAGGGACAUCAGCACUUUUGGCGCAUUUUAUCCGCGGGACCAGAGAGAAAUCAAAGCGGUAAUCACCUCGCGAGAUGUUUUUGAAUGUAACUGUAACCUGAUUCAAAUCUGCACUAUCAUAGCGCGUGUAGGUGCAUUUCCAGUAAGCAUGUUAGAAGCGGCGUGCCGGGACGGCUAUUUGACAGUGGGAUCGGAAGCGCUGGAAUCGAAGCGCCUGCUUCCCAGAAGAGAAAAACCCUUCAUGGACCAUGAGUCCAACUUGACCGUGGGCCAAUAUGUGCUGUGCCGCUGGUCUGAUGGCCUUUAUUACCUGGGCAAGAUUCAAAGAAUGAGCACCUCAAAGCAGAGCUGCUUUGUGACAUUUGAAGACAACUCCAAGUUCUGGGUGCUUUGGAAAGAUAUACAACAUGCUGGGGUCCCUGGGGAAGACCCCAAAUGUUCGGUGUGCUCUGACAUUUCUCUGGUUCCCAGUAAUGAAAUUCUUAUCUGUGGAAAAUGUGGAAUAGGCUAUCAUCAGCUCUGUCACUUGCCCCCGGUGGAGAGCUCAGCGGAUUUGUCCCCAUGGUUCUGCAGGAAGUGCAUUUUUGCCUUAGCUGUGAGGAAAGGGGGCGCUCUGAAGAAAGGGCCAGUUGCUAAAGCACUGCAAGCCAUGAAGCAGGUAUUGGAGUAUAAUCCAGAUGAGUUGGACUGGGACACUUUGCAUCGUACAAACCAUCAGCAGUGCUACUGUUACUGCGGUGGACCUGGAGAGUGGUACCUAAAAAUGCUGCAGUGCUUUCGGUGUGAGCAGUGGUUUCAUGAGGCGUGUACACAGUGUCUUCAGGAGUCCAUGAUGUUUGGAGAUAGGUUUUACUUGUUCAUUUGUGCCGUGUGCAAUAAAGGAGUGGAAUGCAUCAAGCGACUGGCUCUCAGAUGGGUGGAUGUGGUCCAUCUUGCUUUGUAUAACCUGGGAGUCCAGAGUAAGAAGAAAUACUUUGAACUGGAAGAGAUUCUUGCUUUCAUCGGCAACAACUGGGACCAUUUCCAGCUAGGCAAGCUCUCGAAUACCCCGCCGCCUAAACGGGCACAGUUCAUUCUUGAUGCCCUCAACAACUAUAAAAGCAAGUUCCUCUGUGGGAAGGAGAUCAAAAAGAGGAAAUGCAUUUUCCGAUUAAGGACAAGGGUUCCCCCUAACCCCCCUUCUAAGCUGUUCCCAGAGAAGACCCAAAACAAUGAGGGGCACAGGGGCCGAAAGAAAGUGACCAGCAGAAGCAGUAAUUCAGAUCCUGCAGAGAAGCGGAAAAAGAAGAAGUCAAAGUGGGUGUUGGAGGACGCCAUUCCUAAUAAUGACCUCACUUCCACCUGGAGCUCCAAUCAUCACAUGGCCAACAUCUUUGACUUCACGCUGGAUGAGCUGCAGAGUUUAAAGAGCACCAGCUCCGGGCGGACGUUAAGUUUGGACCAGGACUCCACAGACGCCGCCAGUACUUCUGGCUCCGCCACCACCAGCGUCUCUUACGACUUCAGGAAAAACGUGGGCAGUCGGAAGAGGAAAUUGCCCUCUUCGAAUUAUUCUGUGCUGGCCACAAAGCGAGAGAUGAUGGAGAGCGAGCUCAGCCCCAUCAGCAUGCCCGGAGAGGAGAGCAACGAUAUGAUGGAGAACAGCAUCGACAGCCACACCUUUGAGAGCAUCAGCGAGGACGACUCCUCGCUCUCUCACCUUAAAUCUUCCAUCACCAGCUAUUUCGGGGCAGCUGGCCGAUUCACCUGUGGAGAAAAGUAUCAGGUGCUGGCACGUAGGAUCAUGCCUGGAGGCAAGGUGCAGUAUUUAGUGGAAUGGGAAGGAACUACACCUUACUGAAAGUCACAGAACAGUAGGUGUGGAACAGAUGGAGCCAAAUAAAAAGUGUCGCACAGAUCCCAUUCAUUUCCUGUUUUGCUUUUUUUCCUGUUAUUCUGGUUAUGUCCCAUGUGGGACAAUAAAGUUUUGUCAUAUCAAAGUCGUUCGCAGUGUCCUUUUGCUUGGGCACUUUAAACAUAAGUGGUCUUUAUUCAGUUUAGAGAUAAACUGUACUUAGCUUAAGCAGCCUGUAACUCGUAUUAGAUGGACAGUAUUAAACAACAUUUCAGUUUAGUUGUUGGACCCAAACGGUUUAGAAUUGGCCCUAAGAGUGUUGAUCCCUUUUUAAGCAGCUAGUUUUGCUCCUUUUAUCACGUUUUUGUAAUAAGGUUGUAUUUGUUAACAUUAGUAAAUGCAUUAGCUAACAUGAACUAACAAUGAGCAAUAUAGUGUGUCAUCUUUGUUAUUGGCAAUAUAAUAAAGCAUUUUAGUGCAUUGUGCAUAAACCAAUUAUUAUUUUUUAAAUGUAUAAUUAAUGCUGCAAUUAACAAACUAAGAUUAAUUAAUGUUAAAGGAGUAUUUUUCAUGUUAGCUAAUGCAUUAACUAAUUUUAACAAAUACAACCUUAAACCUGUUAACCCAAAUUUUGUAUUGAAUCAAGCAGUGUUUUUUCCAGAGAAGUGCACGUAGUGGUUUACUGAAUGUACUUUGUUUUUCUUUCAUCUCGCUCUGUAUUUUGGCAGAAGGACUACAUAGCGAAUUGUACACGUUUGUUUAUCCGAGAUUAACAAUAUUGUGUCAGUGACAGCGGUACUUUAGUUGCUUAAAAAAAAUACACGUUAGUCUGCACUUUCUCCUUUUCAAAAAAUAGUUUUACGUUUGUUUUAGGUAAUUGUAUAACCAAAGUGAUGCAAAUACUGUUUUGAGACGUAAAAAAGUAUUUUUCUAUUUUGUAUGCUUUUGUAUGCUUUGGCAUAUCAUCAUGUAUUAGAUACGAUCUGCUGUGACAAAGCAGUAUUGCAUUUGAAAUUGCAAGGUCUAGAGAAAUCAUUUCAUUUAUAUGCAACAGUAUUUUGGCUCUUUUCAAAAUGUACCCACAGAUGACAGUCAUAUUUAAAGUUUUUAUAGGAUCUCCAAAGAUUUGGAAGUGGAUCUGGAAGUGGCUUUGUCCGCAUUUACCGAUGUUUGGAUUGACUGGAAAGUUAUGUGAAUUUUCAAAGCUGUUAAGUUUGACUCUAUAAUUGGACUUUGGUAGUUUUAUAGUAUUAUAAAAGCAAAAAAGUAUAGCAUAUAAAUAUACUUUAUUAUUUACGUGUACUGUAUAUAAUUGGAUAUAAGAUUAGCCCCCGUUAUUAUUGCACUAUUAACAUUUUAUCAGCUAUGCAAGCUAUUAUUGGAUAAAAUUGACAUAUUUUGUAAUUGAUUUGAAAGAAAACUAUAAAAGUCUAUUUGAAGAAUUUGAUACUUUUCUCUUUUUAUAACCGUUUCCCAAUUUAUAUACAUUUGUGCAGUUUGAUACAGAUUGCAGCAUUGUCAACAACAAAAUGUUUGGAGUAUUGAUCACAUUCAAAAUGUUGUUUUGUUUGUAUGUCAACUGUUGGUUAUGUUUUGAAUGUUUUCAUGGUCAUACUUCUACGUAGCACAUUUGAAGCCUUACAUGGCAGAUAUGUUUUGAAGCAAUGUUCAGAGAUGUUUAUUGUGCACAUUGUUAUUCAUUCAUUCUUGUUUUAGACCAUUAAAACAGUUUGUCAUCAGUU